AUGCUACCAAUCCUUAAGCGCGUAUAUCAGUUACCUGGACCACAACCGAAGCGGUCGAGGCAGUUACGAGUUAUUUGUCUCGGCCUUCCUCGAAGUGGAACGGAGUCGCUCAAAAGCGCACUUGAAACUCUUGGAUUUGGCGGAGUGGCACAUGGCUUCGAGUGGUGGCUGCAUCACCCGAACCAUAGCAUUCUCUAUUGCGAACUCUUGCUUCUGAAGCUGCAAAACCGUAUGCCAAGUCCAGAAGUUGUUCGCGAACGUUAUUUUGACCGCGUUCUCGGUGGCAUGGAUGCUUCCACUGAUGUUCCUACGGUUUGGUUUGCAACCGAACUUCUGCAAGCAUACCCCGAAGCCAAAGUCAUUUUGAACCGGCGCCGUGAUAUACAGGCUUGGAAAAAGAGCUUUCGCGCAUCGGUAUUACCGAUGAUGCAAAGUUGGCAAUAUUGGAUUGCCAGUUGGUUCAAUGCAGAAUUAUUUUGGGGCGUGUGGCUGACUCGACUCGGACAUCAAACAUAUCUUUUCAAAGGCGACUUCGAGAAACAUGCCGAGAAAGCGUAUCAGGAUCAUUAUGAAGAUUUAGAACAGAUACUAAAAGCCAACGACCGGGAUUAUCUCGAUUGGUCGGUGGACGAUGGCUGGGCACCUCUAUGCAGCUUCCUUGACCUACCGGCACCAAAUACGGAAUUUCCAAAGAGCAACAUUGCGUCAGAAUUUGGCCCCAAAUUGAUGAUUGUGGACGAAGGACGGUUCCGAAAAGCCAAACAAAACUUUCUACUCUGUCUUGCCUACGUCGUGGUGAUUGUGGCUGGAUGGUGGUUUGCUUUCGGGUUGAGGCCGAAAAGCUAUUCAGGAUACUGA